AUGGGUCCGCUCUUCUGCCUUGCACGCAAGCGCAUGUACGAAGAGGCAUGCGCCAAUGUAAGGGGGGCUGCCGAAUGCUUCGACCCUGAGUUUGCUGAUGACGGCUUUUGCGGGGGCCCGAUCUCGCUGGUAUGGGCGAUCUUCGAACAGGAGCUAGCGCUCGCUGGGAAGCACGGCCUGCACUUCGAUCUGAGUAAGAUAAAGUUGCAUAUCCUUGCCGGGGAUGAUUUCCAAGGAGACUUGCGGCCAUUCACAGCACUGGGAAUUCAUGUCAUCAAAAGAACCAAUAUUCAGAUGCUGCAGGUACCUGAUUGGUUCAAAUUCAUUAUACGAUGA